UUUUCCAGCCAGAAGCUAGUCAGCUGAUUUACUGAUCUGACGUCAUUAAAACGCGACUGUUAUCACGUGAAUGACAACAGGAAGCUGAACCUUUCUUCUAGGUCUAUGAACUGAACACAAGUGAGACGUUAAGAUGACAACUGCAUUGACGCAAGGCCUUGAAAGAAUACCGGAUCAAAUAGGAUAUCUUGUCAUCAGCGAGGAUGGAGUAUUAGCUUCCUCGGGUGAACUAGAGAAUGAUGAACAUACAGCAGGAGUUAUCAUGCAAAUGGUGCGAACUGCCUGCCGUUUUCGACUCCAAGGAACAUCUGAGCCUGCAUUCAAACGCAUGUCAGUGAUGUUUGAGGACUACGUCUAUGCAGUAACAGUCUCCGGACAGAAAGUGUUUGUGGUAAAACGACAGAACAACCAGAGAGAACCGGUGACUGUGUAGCGUGAGAACCAAGUCAGACCCCAUGUGGACAGCAGCUUAAUAGCUACCCAGGCCACUGUAGAGGAACGUCGAGUUUUCUUGUUUUUGUUUUAAUGCUGAUAAACACUGUCCCGGUGAGGUCUGGGGGGUAUUCCAAGUACGUGGUUCAGUGAAAAACUAAGUUAACUCGGAGUGAGUGGUAAACCUCCUACAACAAGGGCUCUAUUGCAUUGUUUUUUUAGGCAGAUGAAGCCAUAGAGCUCUUCUAUUAGGAUGUUUACCACUUACUCUGAGUUAACUUACAGUUUGUUUACCAAACCAUGUACUUGGAAUAUCCCCCAGUUCCCCUCACUGCUUGGAUUGAAGUCAUUCAAGGCAUUCUUGUUCAUUUCUUAUCACAAAUUGGAUUUCAUAUUUUGUGCAACAGAUGUUUUUGCUUUUGAAUUAUAUCACUGGGUAGUAGGCUAGUUUUUCUUCCAAAUGGAUUGGUUUUGGUCAAGUGAAAUGAAUGCAUUUUAGAGUUCUGUUUUACAAAAUUACUUUCUUUAAUUUGGUUAUUUAUACAUAGAACUGCUAGUAUUUAUUUAAAUCAUUCACAAGGCAGCACUAACCAGAAUUUUACAAGUGAUAAACACAUAUGUUAUGACGGUGUAUGUUAUGACAGUUGUAAAAUAUUCAUGUAGUGAUAAGUGUGAUCAUCCAUGUAAACUUUCAUUGCAUAUGACUAACAUAAAUAUAAAAAAUAAAGUAUUUUGGAACAUUUUAAA